CAUGCAAUGUUUAUAUAUAUGUACAUAUCCACAAAUAUAGAUCUCUUCAAAUUUUGAACAAUCAAAAUCAAACUUGAAAAUAUGAGCCAAGAACAACCAGUGAAACAUGUUCAAGAUACAAUUAGGGAAUUGAAUGCUCAAGAAGCAGCCAGCCAUGUACAAGCACAAAACACCUCAGGCUCCUCCACUCCUACCAACCCUCAUAGUAAUGCCGUCGCUAGCCAGAAGGAACCCGUCGGCGUUCAGGGGAUCAAGGAGAUCCAAUCAAGCCCACUAGGGUCACGGACAGAGCAGCGAGGGGAAAUCACCAUCGGUGAAGCACUCGAAGCUACUGCUCUCACGGCGGGCCAUCGGCCCGUCGACUAUAGCGACGCCGCCGCUAUACAGGCCGCCGAGGUCAGGGCAACUGGCCGUACCAAUAUCGUGCCCGGCGGCGUUGCGGCCGCGGCUCAAUCCGCCGCCACUCGCAACGCUCGAUUGCCUAGAGAUGAGGACAAAACCAAGCUUGGAGAAAUUCUUUCGGAUGCGAGUUCAAAACUACCAUCGGACAAGCCGGUGACGCGCAGAGACGCGGAGGGAGUGAUCGGCGCUGAGCUGAGGAACGAUCCCAACCUUUGCACCCGGCCGGGUGGCGUAGCGGCCUCAGUCGCCGCGGCGGCGAGGCUUAACCAGACUAAUGCUUCUCAUAAUAAUCAAAACAAAACUAACUAAACAAAACCUCAAAUUUUACCCUUUUGCUUUGAUUUUCGGUCAUAUAUAUAUAUAUACACUAACUCAUUUUGUUGUCGUUUGUUCAACUUAGAAAUAAACUCUAAAUUUCCCAGGCCAUCAUUUACAAACUGCUCAAAUAAUUGGUGGCCCACGAAUGCAACAAAGAUCUUAGAUUUAUUUAAGGAAUUGUAUCUAUACAUAUACUAUACUUUUAAUUUGGCUUAUUUGAUAUAUAUAGUAUAUAUGCAUGCCAUCCUUGGCUUGUUCUUCUUCCAUUGUUCAUCACUGUUUUGAAGUUUGUAUAAUCGAACAUCUUUUCUAUGUAAUGACUAAGUGAUUGUAUUUAUUAUGUAUAGUUGAAUAAGAAAUUAUUUGUCUUCUA